AUGGCUGGUAUCACCGGCUUCAAGGUUGCCCUCUGUAUCGCCUACCUACGCAUCAUCCGCCAUAGUUCUGAAAAGUCCUACCGCCAUGUCGUCCGGGGUAUCAUGAUAUUCACCAUCCUAUCUCACCUUGCGGGGACCCUCGUCCUGUUCUUCCAGUGCUCUCCCGUCCACAAGUCAUGGCGUCCAAUGACACCCGGAACCUGCCUGCCAAACGACAUUGUUUUCUACACGCUUGCCGGUGUAUCCAUACUUUGCGACCUUAUUGUCUUUCUGACGCCAAUCCCGCUAUGGAUGAAAGUGCGCAUCAGCCGGGGACGAAAACUGGGACUAAUGGCUGUUUUCCUGCUCGGUCUGUUCACCACCGCCUGUUCGGUCAUGCGUGUGGUUCAGAUCGAAAUCAUUGCGAGGGAUGGCAACUCUACCAUGCUCAUCCUCUGGGGCACCAUCGAGCUGAACGUCGGAAUCGCCAUCACUUGUCUGCCUACUCUAAUCCCACUACUAACCUUCGUCAGAGGCAAGACAUCCAAGAGCGGCCCUCUGCAGUACCCCAACAGCACCUCUGACGGCCGCAGCGCCGGCACUUCAGUCAAGCUGAAAUCCGUCGGCCUGCACUCUUCCACCAUACGAUCUCAGACCAUCCCUACGGGCAACAACACGCUAAUCAAGUCGGGCAGUUUCAGCUCUCUAGAGGCGAUACUACCUGUCGACAGCGACGGGAGACCCAUCCAGCGAGACGACGUGGAGUCUGCCAGCGGGAGAGGUCCGCAGAGCAAUCUCCUCUCUAGCCCGGGCCAGAUAACGAAGACCGUCCAGGUGGAGAUCACCAGCACCAACAGCGAACGAGAUCCAGAACGAAGUUGGCUACAUUAG